CCCUGGACCUUUCUUUCAAGCCAUUUCGUCGAUUCUUUUCUCUUCUUGCUGUUUCCGGACCUUCCCUCUCUCCCAAGAAAAGGAAUUUCCGAAUUAGAGGCUAAAACUAGAAAAGAUCAAAGAUGUUUGGAAGAGCACCUAAGAAGAGUAAUAAUACCAGGUACUAUGAGAUUCUGGGUGUUUCGAAGGACGCAUCCCAGGACGAUUUGAAGAAGGCAUAUAAGAAAGCCGCCAUCAAAAACCAUCCAGACAAAGGCGGUGAUCCUGAAAAAUUUAAAGAGUUGGCUCAAGCUUAUGAGGUACUGAGCGAUCCUGAGAAACGUGAGAUUUAUGAUCAGUACGGCGAGGAUGCACUUAAGGAAGGAAUGGGCGGUGGAGCCGGGGUCCAUGACCCGUUUGACAUCUUCUCCUCCUUCUUUGGUGGUAGCCCGUUUGGUGGUGCUAGCAGUCGAGGAAGAAGACAGAGAAGGGGAGAGGAUGUAGUUCAUCCUCUUAAGGUGUCUCUAGAGGACCUUUACCUUGGGACUUCAAAGAAACUUUCUCUUUCCCGCAAUGUGAUAUGCUCGAAAUGCAAUGGAAAGGGCUCGAAAUCGGGUGCUUCGAUGCAAUGCCCUGGUUGUCAGGGUUCUGGUAUGAAGGUUUCGAUUAAGCACCUUGGUCCUUCCAUGAUUCAGCAAAUGCAACAUCCUUGCAACGAGUGUAAGGGUACCGGUGAAACUAUCAAUGAGAAGGACCGCUGCCCUCAGUGCAAGGGUGAUAAGGUUGUCCAGGAGAAGAAAGUUUUGGAAGUCAUUGUAGAGAAGGGUAUGCAGAAUGGACAAAAGAUUACAUUCCCAGGCGAAGCUGACGAGGCUCCUGAUACCGUUACUGGGGACAUAGUCUUUGUUCUUCAGCAGAAAGACCAUCCAAAGUUCAAGAGAAAGGGCGAAGACCUUUUUGUGGAGCACACAUUAACUCUUACCGAGGCUUUGUGUGGCUUCCAGUUUGUGAUCACCCAUCUCGAUGGACGACAGCUUCUAAUCAAGUCAAACCCUGGAGAAGUUGUGAAACCUGAUUCCUUCAAGGCAAUCAAUGAUGAGGGAAUGCCAUUAUACCAGAGGCCAUUCAUGAAGGGCAAAAUGUACAUUCACUUCGCAGUCGAAUUCCCCGAUUCUCUAAGUCCUGAUCAUGUUAAGGCACUUGAGGCUAUUCUGCCACCGAAACCAACAUGUCAGCUGACUGAUAUGGAGUUAGAUGAGUGUGAGGAGACCACACUGUAUGAUGUGAACUUUGAAGAGGAGAUGAGGAGGAAGCAGCAGCAGCAUGCGCAGGAAGCUUAUGAUGAAGAUGAGGAAAUGCCUGGUGGUGCCCAGAGGGUGCAAUGUGCUCAGCAGUGAUGAUGGAGAAAAAAGUUGGAAGAUUUCAUUAGUAUUCUUGUUGCAAAGAAUAUUGAAAGCCGGUUUCUAUAGUAUUGUAGAAAGUAGAUUUUGAGUACUGUAUGAACUACGUUUUCGAUGUCUUCUUGGCACAAGAUGCUUUUCAUGCA